AUGUCACUUUUCUAUAAAACCCCUGUUGAUAUCGAAAUAUUAUUUGAUGGUGAGGAUUCACGGAAACAUAUUGAAGUUCCAACAAGUUCACAUGCAGCAAAAAGCUUAUUUGAUAAGUAUCCACUUUUUGAAGAUGGAGAAAGUGUUAGUGGAAUAGUCACUCUGCGUGUUAGAGAAGGCAAGAAAUUGGAACACUCUGGAAUAAAAGUUUCCUUAAUUGGAAGUAUUGAUACAACCAGUCAUAACAAUGAGGUGAAGAACAAAACAUUAGACACAUUUUUAACCUUAAGUAUGGACCUUUGCCCACCAGGUGAGCUCGUACACUCAAUUAACUAUAAAUUCAACUUCAAAGAUGUAGAGAAACGGUUUGAAAGUUAUUUGGGAAAGAACGUUUCUGUGCUGUAUUAUGUUAAAGUUACCAUGAUAAGAAAAUCCACAGACAUUGUAAAACUAAAAAAGUUCUGGUGUUAUAGAUAUUCUAACGAAAUGGCAGUUAAUACAACUGAUAACAAGCCUAUUAAAUUGGAUAUAGGUAUUGAGAACUGUCUCCAUAUUGAAUUUGAAUAUUCAAAAUCUAAAUAUUCACUAAAAGACGUAAUAGUUGGGAGAAUAUACUUCUUAUUGACUAGGUUGAAAGUGAAGCAUAUGGAACUAAGCCUUAUCAAAAGAGAAACUUGUGGGACGGAACCAAAUCAACUAUCUGAUUCUACUUCCAUUAGGUAUGAAAUAAUGGAUGGCUCCCCAGUGAAGGGAGAGACAAUUCCAAUUAGGUUAUUUCUCGGUGGUUACGACCUAACACCAAAUAUGUCAUGCAAUUACUUCAACGUAAAGAAUUAUCUCAGUUUAGUGAUAAUAGACGAAGAUGGACGAAGAUACUUUAAACAAACAGAAAUAAUUCUCUAUAGAACUAUAUAG